AGGCUGGAAGUUUCAGCAAGAUAACGCUAAAACUCAUAAAACGCCAAAUAUAAUGGCUUGGUUUAAGAGAAAUAAAAUUUCUCUUUAUCAGCAUCCGCCCUACAGCCCAGAUCUAGCACCUAUUGAAAAUGUCUGGAGUCUAUUAAAAGAUAGACUAGAUAAUAGAAUAAGUACUAGUUUAGGGGUAGGAGCUAGUAAGGCUAGUGUAGAGGCCUUUGAGGGGGCUAUACACAAGGAGUGGGAUUUAAUCCCGCAACAGAGUAUAGAUAACUGUAUUUUAUCUAUGCCUAGGCGUUAUAAGGCAGUUAUAGACGCUAAAGGGUGGUAUACUAAGUACUAGUUAGCUAUUACUUAUUAUAUUAUUCUAUUUUAACUACUUUUAC